AGUAAGGAAUUCGUGCUAAGGGCGGUUGGGAGUCAGAUCUUAAGAGUCAAUGUAUUAAAGGAACGACCUCGUAGAAAUAAUUUCUUAUCAAUACAUUAUAGCACUGCGAUAAUACUUGUCUAUAGAAAUGAACAUCCCGGGUAUAUCGAACCAUACCUUGUCAAAAGCGUGAAAGAUAUGGAAAUAGCGCGUUCAAAUAAAUUUCAAGAAGGGUUCAAACUGUACGGUUCCAAAGGUAUGGAGCAUGCGAACCAUACAGUUCUUUCUCAAAUAAAUGAAUUUAUUGAGAAUAAUAGAAUUAAUGACUCUUUGCAAGCUGGUGAUAUUGCUGCAUAG